CCGUUUGUUUUUACAUUCUCCGAUCGCAACAGCGGCGCUCCUCUCUGCUCCGCCGUCUUCGCUAACCACUCCUCCUCAAAACCACAAGGAAAACUCUUGGAUUGGUCCUCGUUAAGUUGCUGGAGAAGAAUUCUAGUUGAGAGGGAAGCUUCCAAUUCUAGACGGUAGGAUAAAGUGUGAUGGCCUUGCUGUUUAAGGAUCCAAACAAGAUUUCAGCAUAUCGUGAUCGAAGGUUUCCAGGAACACAAGAAGAAUAUGAGCAUGCGCUCCAAACCUCAACAACUGUCUAUAUUGGCAACAUGUCUUUCUAUACCACCGAAGAGCAACUUUAUGAGCUGUUUUCACGAGCAGGAGAGAUAAAAAAGAUUGUUAUGGGUUUGGAUAAGAACACAAAAACGCCUUGUGGCUUCUGCUUUAUCAUGUACUACUCUAGAGAAGAUACUGAGGAUUCAGUGAAAUACAUAAGCGGGACUAUUCUUGAUGAUCGUCCUAUUCGUGUAGAUUUUGAUUGGGGAUUCCAGGAUGGAAGGCAAUGGGGUCGUGGUCGAAGUGGUGGGCAGGUGAGGGAUGAAUAUCGCACGGAUUAUGAUCCUGAUAGAGGUGGUUACGGAAAAUUAGUGCAGAAAGAGUUAGAAGAACAAAGGCAGGUAGUAGAUUAUGGGGUUGGGUCAUUGGGAUCUUUCCAGCCACCUCCUAUGGCUCCCAACUAUGGAAGACAUGGAGGAGGUGGUCAUGGUUACGGGGGCUCCCAACGACAUGGCAGAGGAGAUUAUCGGAAGAGAUACCGCGAUGAUGACCGGCGUGGCCCAGAUGUCUCAAAGAGGAAUUCUGAACAUGAAUCUCGAAGAAACCCUGAUAAUGAUUCGAGACAGGAGAAAAAUCCACGUUUUCGUGAGCAUGGUGACUCUGAUGAGGAGGACGAUGACCGGAAACGACAGAAAUAACUUGAAUUCAAUUUUAUGAAUUAUCAUCAUUCUCGGUAAAACAUCUCUUUUAUGUACAAUGUUGUUGUUGAGAUUUAUUUCCGAUACCAAUAGUUUUAGCAAAAAAUAUAAUUUUAAUUUAAUUUAUGCUUCCGAUGGAAUUGUUAAUACGAACCAUUGGCCUCUUUUUUGGUUCAAAAUUACCUGUUGCUUUAGUACAAUUCCAAGAACGUGAAUUAAAUUUUUGGUGAGAAACAUUUGGUUGAUGAAA